UGCAUCUGGUAGCCAUUCAGCAGAUGUUCACCCUCUGCUCUCUCCUCUAUUGUAACCUCUGUGCAAAUUGUGUAGGUAUUUUCCCUAUAAUAUAUUUGUUAGUUUGAAAUGAUAUUGCUAGUUUGUUAAUAAUAUAGGGUAGUUCCCCUGCAUAGACUAUUAAUAAAUAAACUAAAAGUCCAUAAUAAAAAUCCUUUUUAUACUUCUUCUUGCAGGUAUAGAAUAAAAACCGAUAGUGUUUGAGGGGAAAUUAUUGUCUUGCUGCUGUUAUGAUAGCUAUGGAGUGGGAAAAAAUUUCAUUACAUUUAAGACAAGUGGUUUGAUUUUUUUUUUUUUGGAAGAGUCUUUGCUUCAACAUAUUUCUUUCAAUGCAUAAUGCAUUUACAGAAAGAUUAAACGCUACAAUGCAAAAUAAUAAUAUUGAGCUCAUGAGUAACAACAUUUAAGUAAAUUUUAAAUUCACAUUCCAAAGUGGUUGAUACUUCGGGAAGAGAAAAGUCCAUUAUUGCAUCUGUUAGGAAUAAAGAAUUAGAAAAUGGCAUUUUUCAAAAAUUUCCAGCAGAAUCUGCCCUCAGUGUCUUCUCUGGUGGACACAAUCAGUAAUGCUGUAGAAGAUUUGACUGCUGCUGUUGGAGAAGUCAGCUAUGCUUUCACUGACUCAGUGGCUGAGCAGGUAACCAGUAUGAUCAGUGGCUUCCGCCCAGAAGAAGAAAGCUCUGCAGUAGCAGAAGCUGUAGAUACUGCUAAGCCAGGAACUGCCACGUCACCACAAGUCUCCAAAGACAAUAAUUGUCAGAAAACACAGUCUAGUUUAGAGCACAGAGCAAAUCAGAUCAGUUGUGACAAUACUUCAGUUUCACAAAAGCAAGAGCAAGGGAUAAACGAAGAAAGAAUUUUUAAACGUGUUAAUGAUAGGCAACAGACUCUGUCCAAAUACCAAGAAAGUAACAAUGCUGGUGGUGAUUCUUCUUUGAAAGGGCACCUGAGUGAUGGAGGGGUAUCAAUUAUCAAACAGAAUGCAAGGGCUAUACCUGCUUGUCAAGAACUUGAAAGUACUGACAGAUAUAAAAAAAAUGGAUUAGGAAUUCCUGAUGAUGGUAAGAAUGAUUUAAAGGAGGUAAGAGAUCAAGAAAUGAAAGAAAAUCAUUUAAAGAAGACUGAAAAAUGUAUUAAAAGUAAAGGAUCCAAAGGGAAUGAGUGGUCAGGAAAUGAGUGUUCUCCAAAAGAUAUUUUGGCAAGCAACAGACAUACGAUACAGAAACCCAUCAUGAAAGAAGACAUAUAUCCAGCACCAUCAGCAAAUUCCGAAGAUAAGUUACACGGAAAACACAAAGAACAAAUAAAUCCAACAACAUGUUACAAAGUGAAAGGAGACAUAAAAACAAAGCAAAAUGAAGCCAUUUCUGCCAACAAAGGAACAGCAAAGAGUAAAGAUGAAAAAUAUUCUAAGAUAAUACCAAGAAAAGAUAAUUCCUACAUGGACAAAGAUGAGCACGGUUCAUCCUCUGAAAGUGAAGACGAAGCGCUGGGUAAAUACCAUGAGGCCUUGUCCAGAACACACAAUUCCAGACUUCCGUUGGCAGAUUCGAGACAAAAGAACUACGCUUGGGAAACAAGACAGAAGUACAGUCCUCUGUCUGCGGAGUAUGACGGCUACAGUAGUGAGGCAUCGAUAGAUGAAGGAAACUGCAUUCAGAGAAUGAGAAGAACACCCCCACUGGAUGAAUUGCAGCCACCACCAUAUCAGGAUGACAGUGGUUCUCCCCAUCUCUCAUGUACGCCCUCAGAAAUUGGGGACAGUAAAUGUGAAUUUUCCCACUGCAGCAACAGUCCACGAUGCUCAUAUAACAAGUGCCCAAGUGAAGGAAGCACAGGUCACGAAAUAGAAAGUUUUCAUAAUAAAGGAUAUGAAGAAGACGUUCCAAGUGACAGCACUGCAGUCCUGAGCCCAGAAGAUAUGUCAGCUCAAGGAUCAUCUUCACAGCUUCCCAAACCUUUUGAUCCUGAGCCAGAAGCUAAAUAUGGCACACUGGAUGUGACUUUUGACUAUGACUCACAAGAACAGAAGCUUCUGGUAACAGUGACAGCUGUCACCGAUAUCCCAACAUAUAACAGGACAGGUGGCAACUCAUGGCAAGUACACCUUGUUCUUCUACCUAUAAAGAAGCAGAGAGCAAAAACCAGCAUCCAGAGAGGACCAUGCCCUGUCUUCACAGAGACAUUCAAGUUCAAUCAUGUUGAAUCUGAGAUGAUUGGAAAUUACGCAGUUCGGUUUAGACUAUAUGGUGUACACCGUAUGAAAAAGGAAAAGAUUGUGGGGGAAAAGAUUUUUUAUUUGACGAAAUUGAAUCUUCAAGGGAAAAUGUCACUACCUGUGAUAUUGGAACCUUCUUACAAUCAUUCUGGCUGUGACUCCCAAAUGAGCAUGUCAGAAAUGUCCUGUAGCGAAAGUACAUCCUCAUGCCAGUCUCUUGAACAUGGCUCCGUUCCAGAAAUCCUCAUUGGCCUGCUUUACAAUGCCACAACUGGCAGACUAUCAGCAGAAGUGAUAAAAGGCAGCCACUUCAAAAACUUGGCAGCAAACAGACCACCCAAUACGUACGUUAAAUUAACUCUCCUGAAUUCCAUGGGUCAAGAGAUGUCCAAAUGCAAGACAUCCAUCCGCAGAGGGCAGCCUAAUCCAGUAUACAAGGAAACAUUUGUUUUUCAAGUGGCCCUGUUUCAACUUUCUGAUGUGACACUCAUACUGUCUGUGUAUAACAAACGCAGCAUGAAAAGGAAAGAGAUGAUAGGCUGGAUUUCUUUAGGUCUGAACAGCUCUGGAGAAGAGGAGCUCAAUCACUGGACUGAAAUGAAAGAGUCGAAGGGACAGCAAGUGUGUAGAUGGCAUGCGUUACUAGAGUCAUGAUGAAUAGGAUAAACAAGCAAUUACAGUCCAAGGCAGCAUUAUUUCUGAUUGCAGCGUUACUGUUUUUACCUAGUCACCAUUAGAAGAGCUGUUCUUUGAAGCGUCAUCCUCAACCUUCUACCAGAAUGCUUUAAAUUCUGUGGAAAGAGCAUCUAAUCCUGACAUAAAGGAAGAAAAGAUGUGUCUCUGGUAGAGCUUGUUUGGGAAAUGAGAAACUUACAUCAUCACAGUUAACAGUUCUCCAGAGUUUUAAGAACAUGCUUUUGGUUUGAAGUUAAUUUCACUUUAGCAAAGAGCCAGGACUUUCAUGAAAAAUCAAAAUUGUAACCGAUUUUUUAAAAUCAGAAUCCUUAGUUGCAACACUGUUGUAGUGUCCUCUCCCCCCGCCGCCCCCGCCCCCACAAACGCUAACCAGGAAACACGUAUUUUGACUGGCUUGUCCCUGGGGUUGGUAAUGUUCUUUAAUCUGAAGAAGUACGUCUCCGGCUCUGUCAUGAGGCAUAUCUAACGGCGAAGGGUUUCGAUUACAUAGAAAACACUUUCAUUUCAGAUAUUUUUCCUUUGUGCACUUAGUUUCCUUGUGCCUCAGUUCUUCUUAAUAGCACUAAAUCUUAAGUGCAAGCGAGUCUUCAUUUUCAUAAAGGAAUUUUUUUUAUAUGUCACUUUGGAAAAAAAGCUCAUUUCUUCAUUUGCCUCUGCUUUUGCCUGAUCCAAAGAGACCCAGUCCCUGUACUGGUCCCUUGCAAGUCUUUUAGACAGGUUGUCCUGUAGAACUACGUAACUUUCUGUUGAAAGCACUUUCUGUAUUCCUGUAUUCCAAUGUAGGAAGCUAAUAGAGCAGGACUUUAACAUUUCUUUCCACAACUGACUCUUUAAAAUUG